GUUAGUGUCAGUGUUAGCCUGGAGUACGCUCAGCGUCGCUCACUCUUGUAUGAUUUAAUAUUAAUCUUACUAUUAUUGUGAUUCUCGUUACUGACCAUGACUAUUAUUCAGCCUUCCGCUCUGCUAGUCGACUCUGGGUUCGAUGAGUAGUUAACCACAGUGACAGCCACUUUGCUUUCUUCCUCGUCUAUACUCACUGACCAUACCCAACACAACACCCCAAUAAUCCAUCACACCACCGCAUUUACGACGUAGAUCUGCACAUACAUCGACAAGUCACGCUACCAAUCCGCCGAGCACUUAACUGUGACUUGGGCCGCCUCUCGACGCAAUUGCUUCACCCUUCCUCGACUGGCCAAACCGAUCCGUACGUCGGCCUUUCAACAUGGCUUACCAGCCCAUGGACGCAUUCCAAUGCUUCACAUCUAUCAGCGAGAACGUUCCGUCCUGGAUCACGCGAGUCACCGACUUGGCUACGUACACAGCAAAGAAGCACACUGAAUUCUCGGAGGAAUACAAGAAGCUCGCCCUGGCCCAGCAAACACAACAACGGCGGCGGAAGAACAGUUCCGUCCACUCAAUCCGACCGGGCUCUGAACUGCGGGCAGACGGAAGCCUUUCUGGUCUCCAGACUUCACAGGUCGUUCUCGUCGAGGUCGCCAAGCCUUCAUCGACAGGCUCGAAAAGAAAUGGGGAUGCCGCAUCAGUACUUUCAGGCGAGGGCUCCCGAGUCCUCCCACGCCAGCAGCUAAUCAUUCACUACGACGGCCACAUGCAAAAGGAGCUAGAGCAGGUUGUCCGAGAUAUCGGGGCUGCGCGGAAUAGCAUUCGCAAGGGCAAGAUGUCGCAAGUCAUGCGUCGACCUAACCUCACCAUGGAAAUGUUUAGAAGCCGGUCCCGGGAUUCUCUUCGCAGUCCGCAGCUCGCAACCGAUAACUUCAUUCAAGUCCAGGCAGAACCACCGCGAUUAACCCAAAAGGCGGACUCGUUUGAUUCUACCGACAAGCAUUUAGAAACCGCGCAAAGCCUGUGCGAGACAGCGGCGCAUCAAUUCCUCCGCUGCGGAAACUGCUCCUCUCAACUAGAAACGAUCCUAGCGAAAUUCGACCUCAUUCUCGAGACAGCCAAGAAAGAAGUUGGCCAUCUCAGUGCAGAGAAACAAGUCGACUCGGGCAUCGAGGCGGCUGAGCCCGAGCUGACAUCGCAGGCUGUAUUGAAGCCGGUAGGUGUUGCAGAAGAUGGCAAGCCCCUGGAGCCUGGCUCGGCGGACAUUGAGGUCGACGACUCGCCUUCGGACUCGUCAGUAUCGAUUGAUAUCACUGCAUUUCGUUCAAGCCGAUUCCGAACCUAAUACUCAUACAACCACUCGCUAUUUUCAUUCAUCAUCUUGAUUUUAUCUACUUCGCCUAACUCAUACAGCACAUCUCAGCGUUUUUUUAUUGUUGUGUGGAUAAGCGAUCAAAAGACUAGGCAUGAGCCUGUUGGCUACGAAAUACUUGCAUACCGCGGGAAGGUUGGCGUUUGGGACGAGCAUUGCAUACCGAUCCCUUUAGAUCGGAUACUCGUACAUAAUUCAAACACUUCAAAUAUCUAUCUACAUAAUUGUACAAAUACUUGAAAAAUAAAAUUUACCCAACUCACCAUUGUUAUUGCCUAUGCGG